CUCACUGUCACCUCGGCCGAAUUCUGAGAGCACACGGUUUGCAAUGUCCGUCAACGUGUUAAAGAUAGUGCGUCGUGGCGGUGGCCCCGCCCCGCUGGUCAACAACCCCGGCAAGGGCCACUGCUGGAUGCAGGUGGGCCUCAACGCACUCAUCACGGCCGUCUCGGGGCUGGGCAUCGUUGCCGCACAGUGGGAGAAUGCCAACUGCGGCGAGGAGGCCACGAGGUACCUGAUCACCAUGGGCAUCAUGGCGCUCUUUUCGGCUGCGUUUUUCAUCCUGCUGGGGACGCAGGCGGCGAGCGACACCGAGUGGUCGUGUUAUCUGAUGGUGAUGAUUGCUAUCGGGAUUGUGGAGGGGGUGGGCGGGGCCUGGGGCGUGUGGAUCUGCUACCGGGUGUACUCGCGGAGACACUUCAAGGGCACUCGCGAACACAACUGCUGGACAUCGGUGGGGUCUGUCGCACUCUUGAGUGCCGCGCAGCCGUGUGUUUACUGUGUGGUUCUCUCUGGUUCUUGUCUUGUUUGUGUCCCUCCCUCAGCCCAAGACGCUGUAUUAUGUGAUUCAGACGAUGUGCCUGGUCCACAUCUUCACGACGGUGUAUGCCAUCUACAUAACGCACAUCAGCUUUCUCGUCGAACUCAUCAGACAAAUGGGAUCGCUCAAGGAAGUACGCUGACUGGACUGACUUCUGACUUCUGACUGCUCGAGAGGGAAUCAACUAACGGACAGAUGAGAUGGAUGGAUGACCGAUGCUAAGACAACCACUCGCCGCUCCCCAGAACUCACUGCUCAUGCAGAGAGGUAGGUGGGCGUCAAUCAAAACUGUCAAUGUGUGUGGGC